UACGUGGCUUAACCAUGUCAACAAGAUGUCCAAAUGACCACAACACGAGGCGUUGCUGGCGUUACCCUGGGCAACCGGCAGUCCAAGUCAGCUGGCAGGCGCUCAGCUUGUAAACAAAACAAAGAAGCGUUCCAAUCCGAGUGAAAAUACAAGUUAAUCAAAUAAAAUACAAAAUUUCAUUCAAUUUUAGGCCAAACGAAGCGACGUAUUCGCCAUGUGCUAAUGGGACUGGUGUGCGGUAAGCUGCGCCGCUGCUGCCGCUGCUGCAGUUGCUGCAGCUGCUGCACCUUCUGCUGCUGCUGCGAGGAGACACCGCAGCUACCAGACACGGCGCGCUAUAAGGUGCUGCUACUGGGCGCCACCGGCAGUGGGAAAACCCAGUUGGGGCAUUUGCUCAGCGGCGAGGAACGCGACGCCAACGAUAUGGACGCCACCAAUGGCGUGCGCUGCUAUCGCCUGCUGGCCAAUGGCAUGCCGGAGUCGAGCGCGGGCAGCCUGCUGCUGACCGAGGUGGGCGGCAGCCUGGACAUGCAGCGUAUUUGGCCGCAUUACUAUGCCAACUGCCAUGCGCUAAUCUUUUGCUUUGAUCUUAGCGCCAGCUACGACCAGCUGCUGGACAACUUUGCGCUGCUGCAGCGCUGCCUCGAGCAUGUGGCGCUGCGCGGCAAGCCCGUGCUGCUGGUGGCCACGCGGCACAGCGAUGCCGUUCAGCUGUACGAUGUGGAGCAUGCCUUCCGCCUGGAGCAGCUGGCACGCGCCUGCGGCUGCCCGCUGCACAUUUGUCACAUCGGCGGCGAGGAUCUGUGGCAUGGCGUUGCUUGGCUGCGACGCCAGCUGCAUGAGCAGGCGCCGGCGCUGGCGCAGCGCAUCAAAUACGAUGUUAAUAUGCAGUCUUGGCAGCGGCGCAAACGCGCAUUGCUCUCCAGCAACAAAUUGGCGCAGGUGCACCGCCAGCGCUUUCGACGCCGGCAAAGAAAGCUCUGGCCCAUGCCUUUGGCCGGUGACGUCACACAGCCGCGACCAAGCACUGCGCCGGCCGCCAUAUUUGUUGUGCGUACCCCACAGCGUGCAGUGCCGCCAUAAAACUGCCUACGCUUUGAAGGACAUGUGCCAAAGAUCAGUUAGUUUAAGCCUUUUUUUUU